CACCUCAUCAAACCUAUACAUACAUAUAACACAUAUACAUAUAUAAUCACUUACAAUGAUUCUCAACUAUCUCAUCUACAUCAUAUCCAUUCUCUCUCUUCCAUUUCCACAAGGGGAGAAAAUUAUUAAUAAUAAUGAAAAUGUUGAAUGAAGAAGAGAAAGUAGAAUCAGAAUCGGAAUCAAUGAAGUUAGUAAGAACAUCAUCUUCAUCGAUCUUCAGUCUCACUCUAGAUGAGAUUCAAACCAAGAAUAAUCGAAUGAAAAGCUUUGGAUCCAUGAACAUCGAAGAUUUCAUCGCCAACAUCUGGACCGUCGAUAAUAAUAAUAAUAAUACUCAAAAUGACCAAAUUACCCCCGAGGUUGUUACAACAACAAAAACAACUUCUUCGUUGUCUUUGUCUAGACAAGGCUCGUUGUCUAUUCCAAUUCCGUUAUGUAAAAAAACCGUAGAUGAGAUCUGGUUUCAGAUUCACAAAGACCAAGAUGAACAAGAUGAAGAUCGUGAUCGGGAUCGGAAUCGGAAUCGGAAUAAGGAGGAUUGUUCUGAGCAAACUACGCUUGGGGAGAUGACACUUGAGGACUUUUUGGUAAAAGCAGGUGUGGUUAGAGAAACGACAAAUGUGGAAGAAGAGGGAGAAUUGGAUGAAACGACGAGGGUUUUGAUGAAACGACAACAGGGUACUUCUUCUGAUGAGAAAACGACGUCGUUUGAUUGUAAUAAUAGUGUGUGUUAUGAAGAGAAGAGUCAAAGUCAAAGUUUGAGGAAGAGGGGUAAGAUGAUAGAUGGGUGUUUGGAAGUGGUGGUGGAGAGAAGGCAACGCCGUAUGAUUAAGAAUCGAGAAUCCGCUGCUCGGUCUCGGGCUCGAAAACAGGCUUAUACGGUGGAACUAGAAGUUGAACUUAAUCAUCUCAAAGAGGAGAAUGAAAGAUUGAAGCAAAACUUAGCUGAAUCUGAUCUUAAGAGAAAAAGAGAGGUACUGAUGAAAAGAAAACAAUCAAUAAAAUCAUCACAAAAAUUGAUUGAAAAAUUGAGAACCAUAAGGAGGGCAGUGAGUCUAGCUUGGUGAUGAUAAAGAAGGAAGAUGAAUAGUUUUGAAGAAGUUUUACAUAUAUAAUUAAAUUUAUAAGUAAUAAUAAUAAAAUAUUUUGUCAUGUGGUAAUUAAAAUAAUAAUAAUAAUAAUUAUAACUGUUGUGUGUUUUGUAAUGUUUUAAAUUAAUGUAGCUACCUUACCUCUUAUCUUUGUAAUAAUAUGUAAAUUAUAGGUAGUAAAAUAUA